CUUGAUUUGGUGGUUCUUUGUUAAUGUUCAUGCAUUAACCGUUUAAUUAAACAAAAUAAGAGCUCGUCCAAAAUCGUAAAGCAAGACAGGAAGUGCCGUAAAACAAGACCGGAAGCGUCGUGAGGCGCUCUACAUUUUACAGCCAGCUAUGUCUGCGCUCUGUGUUUGUCCACUUUGGGAAGUAUAGUGUGAUACGGGCUUCGCCACACGGCGCUCUUUAAUGUGUUUCUGCGGCAAAGUGAAGCUUCGCUUUCCUCGUUCGCGUCAGUCGCUCAGCGAAGUUCCUUUAUUUCUCCCCUCUGUGACUCACUGUGUCUGCAGUUGUAGAGGUGGGUAAGCGCGGUGUGUGUGUGUGUGUGUGGCGCGGGCGGAUGGCGGCGGCGCCUCAGUGAGUGUGAGCGGUCGCUGCCAGCGGGACUCGGAGUCGGAGGAGGCUGGUUUGCCGAGGCCCUUCCUCCGCUGCUCUUCAGCGUAGCGCAGCGCAGCGCAGCGCACCGCAGCCUGCGCAGGGGGUCGCCAUGACUCUGGCCCCGAAGGAGCUCGCCAACCUGCUGAGCAUCAUCUCGGAGGAGGCCUCGUCCAACACGUUCGAGAGCCUCUCCACCGCCUUCCACCACUUCUUCGGCAAGGCGGAGCACUUCCGCGUGGGCUCCGUGCUCGUGAUGCUGCUCCAGCAGGCCGACCUGCUGCCCGGCUCCCCGCAGCGCCUCACCGCGCUCUACCUGCUCUGGGAGAUGUACCGCACGGAGCCGCUCGCCGCCAACCCGUUCGCCGCCGUGUUCGCGCACCUGCUCAACCCGGCGCCGGUGGGCGAGGAGCAGGACCGGCCGCUGUGCGGCUUCCUGCCUCCCAUCACGCUGCCGGAGAAGUUCUUCCUGUCGCAGCUCAUGCUGGCGCCCCCCCGCGAGCUCUUCAAGAAGACGCCACGCCAGGUGUCCUGCAUGGAGGUGGGAAACACGCCGCAGUCCAUCGACAUCAGCGGCCUUCAGCUGGCCCUGGCAGAGCGCCAGUCGGAGCUGCCCACCCAGAGCAAAGCCAGCUUCCCCAGCAUCCUGAGCGAUCCGGACCCGGACUCCUCCAACUCGGGAUUUGACAGCUCCGUGGCCAAUCAGAUCAUAGAAGCGCUGGUCACCGGGCCUCGGCCACCGCUGGAGAGUCACUUCCGCCCCGAGUUCAUCCGCCCGCCGCCUCCCCUGCAUGUGUGUGAGGACGAGUUGGCCUGGCUGAGCCCAUCAGAACCAGAUCACUCGGUGCAGUGGGACCGCUCCAUGUGCGUGCGCAACAGCACCGGUGUCGAGGUGAAGCGCAUCAUGUCCAAGGCCUUCAAGAGUCCUCUGUCUGCACAGCAGCAGACGCAGCUGCUCGGCGAGCUAGAGAAGGACCCCAAGCUGGUUUACCACAUCGGCCUGUCCCCCGCCAAGCUGCCGGACCUGGUGGAGAACAACCCCCUGGUCGCCAUAGAGAUGCUGCUCAAGCUCAUGCAGUCCAGCCAGAUCACGGAGUACUUCUCCGUUCUUGUCAACAUGGACAUGUCCCUGCACUCCAUGGAAGUGGUGAACAGGUUAACGACAGCAGUGGACCUUCCUCCGGAGUUCAUCCACCUGUACAUCUCCAACUGCAUUUCUACCUGUGAGCAGAUCAAAGACAAGUACAUGCAGAACCGCCUGGUGCGCCUGGUCUGCGUCUUCCUCCAGUCGCUCAUCCGCAACAAGAUCAUCAACGUGCAGGACCUGUUCAUCGAGGUGCAGGCAUUCUGCAUAGAGUUCAGCCGCAUCCGUGAGGCAGCCGGUCUUUUCCGCCUGCUGAAGACCUUGGACACGGGGGAGACCCCCGCAGAGCCCAAACCUGCCAAAUGAGCCCCCCGCGGACUAAUGCUGUACAGCCUAUGACCCUGACCCCUCUCUGCUCAAGGAUCCCCCCCCCCCCCAAACUGUCCUUCAGGUGCA